AUGUUGGGGUGGCCGAUUGUCCUUCUUCUAGUAUAUAUCCGUAUAGUACUCAUUGCACCAUCUUGUUCCAAUGUCAACACGACCCGAUCUCUGAGCAAAUGGCACCAUGCCAAAUCGCUUGAGCCUGAUUGUGUCACCCUUCUGACCUAUCACGACCCUUGA